AGAUAUUAAGUCACCUUCUUAUCACGCCUUCUAUUGCCAAUUGCAGUUCAAAAUAUGGAAGGCGAAGAUGAUCUGGACAUUCUGACGUCACUCCUGGCGGAGAACGAGGCCGAAGAGGGCAACCAGGAUGGGCAGGAAGGUGCGGACGACCUCGAGGGUUUGUUUGAUAAUGAUGAGGAGGAGGAGUACGAUGAGGGUCCGGAGGAGGAGGAAGAGGAAACGGAGGAAGAGGAUGAGCUUUCUGGAGGGCCAGCCCGCACCCCCAAAGCCAGCGACAGCCUUCACAAAUCCAGACAGGAUUUGGAAGAAAAGCCUGCUGCCGCCCCACGGAGAAGCAACCCCCCCAAGCUGCAGGAGUCCUCCGCCUUUUCCGCCCAGCUGAACAACGCCGACCUGCUGAAAACCAAGACGAGGACGGCCCAUCAGCCCUCACCCAGGGUUAAAGCAGAGAACAAGAGCCCAGUAGGACAGUGUGCAAGUGCCAGCUUGUCUCAGCCAAUGAGGGCCGGCGGUAAAGCCUCCAGCAUGCUGAGGUCCCCGCCUCCUGCGGCCACUGCAGCUCUGGCCCCUCCCACAGCACGGCAGGCCACACCCAGGCCACCUGCUCCACAGGAUGUUGCCGUGGAGAAGUUCUCAGGCCUCAGGCUCAGGAGGCCCCGUGUGUCCUCCACGGAGAUGGAGCGCAAGAUGGCCGACCGCAGGCUGAUCCGGCUCUCGCAGUUACCCGAACGGCUGGCCAGAGAGAAGCUGGAGGACAGCGACUGGGUCACCUUUGCCGUGGUGGUGAGCAAGGCCACGCCACAGAGCAACAGCAGUGGCAAGACCUUCAGCAUCUGGAAGCUGAACGACCUCCGUGACCUGGAAGUGUAUGUGUCCCUCUUCUUGUUUGGAGAGGUGCAUAAGGAGCACUGGAAGACUGACCCGGGCACAGUCAUAGGCAUCCUCAACCCUAAUCCCAUGAAGCCCAAGGAGGGCUCGGACGGGGUGUGCCUGUCGGUGGACCACCCCCAGAAGGUGCUGCUGAUGGGAGAGGCUCUGGACUUUGGCACCUGCAAGGCUACCAAGAAGAAUGGAGACCCCUGCAGCCAGCUGGUCAACCUGUAUGACUGCCAGUUCUGCCAGUACCACGUGAAGGCCCAGUACAAGAAGAUGAGCUCCAAAAGGGCGGAGCUGCAGUCCACCUUCUCCGGGAAGGCCCCGGGGCGGGGCGGGGGGCGGGGCAGCCUGAAGGAGCGCCUGUGCCAGAGCGGCUUCCACUACGGGGGCGUGUCCUCCGCGGCGUGCGCGGCCUCUCUGGCAGCUUCUCAACCCAAGAAGCCCGGCCAGACAACCCUGGGCAAUCUGUUCGUUAGAGGGGCGGAUAAGCUCGUCACCGAGGCGAAGAGGAUCGCCAUGCAGGGAAGCGAGGUGUCUGGCUGCUCAGACGACUUUAAAGGCCUUCUAUCUAUGCCCACUCCUGGAGCCCUGAACCUGAAGAAACACUUAACACAUACCAAGCCCUCAGGUUCUGCAGGGGCUGGAAUCCAGUCCAUCUCUGCCUCUGAGCUCCUCAAACAGCAGAAACAGCAGAUGCUGCAAGCCAGGAAGAGACGAGCUGAGGAGAUCCAGAAGAGAUUCCUGCAGAACUGUGGGAAGGCUGGAGCCCCCAGACCGGGCCCUGUGGGGGUGGCGGGGUCUCCGCCCCUGAAAGCGGGCGGUGAGGGCGCCAAGGGGCUGCGCAGCCCCACUGGUCCCCACACCCCCACACUGGGGCGGGGCUUCACAGAGGGGGAGGACGUCCUGUUCUUUGACCACACCCCUCCCCCGCCCCCUCCCUCACACAGCCUCUCGGCUGCCAAGUUAGCCGCCCUGAGAAAGCUGCGAGAGAAGGGCCAGGCCAUCGCCAAGGAAGAUCCGAAUGCCGUGAAGCGCAAGAGACCCAACAACACUGACAUCGCCAAGAGAGUGGAACAGAAUCGGGCCUCACCAGAAGGUGAGCAGGCGGGGGCGGAGCCUGAGGAGCCGGCCCUGAAGAAGCGCCGCGCGCAGCUGGAGUACCUGCGGUCGGACGAGUUCCAACAGAUCCUCAACGCCAAGUCCCGCCACACGGGGGCGCUGCAAGCGGCUGAGUUCCAGCUCCAGGAGCAGUACUUUGAUCCCCUGGUGAAGAAAGAGCAGAUGGAGGAGAAGAUGAGGAACAUCCGAGAGAUGAAGUGCCGAGCGGUCACCUGUAAAACGUGCAAGUACACAUACUUCAAGCCGCUGGACAGGUGUGUGGAGGAGAAGCACGAUUACCACUGGCACGACGCGCUAAAGCGCUUCUUCAGGUGCCAGUGUGGGCAGAGGGCCAUCUCACUGGACCGGCUACCUCACAAGCACUGCAGCAACUGUGGCCUUUUCAAGUGGGAGAGGGACGGCAUGCUGAAGGAGAAAACGGGUCCAAAGAUCGGAGGGGAGCUGCUGCUACCCCGGGGAGAGGAGCAGCCGAAAUUCCUCAACAGCAUGAAGUGA